ACAGCGUAUAGUCUUAUCUGGUUUCCUCUGGACGAAAAAACGGGCUUUGCUAUGAUGCGGUGGGCUGUGAUUUUGAGUGUGGUGGGUGCUGCUGCCUCUAUGGGGCUGUCUUCACCAUUUCGUCGUGAUUUGAAGAUCAUGGCUGAGAUGGGCGUGAGUCCGGACUUGAUUCUAAGCCGAAGCGAGUCGAUUCACACAAUUGCUUCCACAAAUUCCGAUAACGUGACUGCAGAAUACUUCACUAUGCCCAUUGACCACAACAACCUCUCUGUGGGGACUUACCAGAAUCGAUUCUGGGUCCAGGAAGAGUACUACCAGGAAGGAGGACCGGUUUUCAUCUAUGACGUGGGGGAAUCAAACGCAGAGACGCCUGCCAAAUUUUACCUGGGAAAUUCAUCUUCAGUUCUGCUCGAAAUGCUGGAAGAACAUGGUGCGAUGGGUAUUGUCUGGGAGCAUAGGUACUAUGGCGAAUCACUGCCUUAUCCUGUUAGCGUGGACACACCACCAGAGCACUUCGCCUAUCUCAACAACGAACAGGCUUUGGCUGAUAUUCCACUCUUUGCGAAGACAUUCAGUCGAGCCGGCUUUGAAGACGUUGAUUUGACUCCAGCUGGAUCGCCUUGGGUCAUGAUUGGAGGCUCUUAUUCUGGAAUGCGUUCGGCAUUCACUCGCGACAAGUACCCCGACACUAUUUUCGCUUCCUUUGCAUCAUCGGCACCCGUGGAGGCCCAGAUUGACAUGAGUGUCUACUUCGAUCAGGUGUACGCUGCCAUGGUCGCGAACGGGUAUCAGAACUGUACUCGGGACAUCAAAGCUGCAAUGGAAUACGUCGACGACGAACUGUCGAAGAACGCCUCAUCCGCUGCAGCCAUCAAGAAACUAUUUUUCGGCGCUGGCGCCGAGACAAACAACAACGGUGACUUUACCACAGCGAUCGCUGGAAUUUUCGGUUACUUCCAGUCAUACGGAUUCGGUGGCGGAGACGGCAGUCUUGGAUCCUUCUGUGAACACCUCGAGACAGACCCGAACACCGCGACCGCUGCCGGACCUCGAGGCUUCGCGCCCUAUCGCGGCAAGAAGUACGUGGCGGAGAGAUUUGCCUCGUGGCCAAUUUUUAUCGAGCUGGUCAACUUCAACUACUACACCAACUGCGCCGGCCUUGACACAACGCAGCCAGUCUCCUGCGUGUUGAGUCCCAGAGCCACCGAAGCAGACGUCAUCAGCUGGACGUGGCAGUUCUGCACAGAAUGGGGCUACUUCCAAACCAACAACAUCGGUGCCCACUCCCUGCUAUCCCGAUAUCAAUCACUCGAGUACGUGCAGUAUACCUGCAAUCGCCAGUUCCCCGAUGCCGUGGCAGCAGGUCUUCUCCCCGACCACCCCCUGGUCAAAGAAACCAACAACCAAACAGGGGGCUGGAAGAUCCGCCCGUCAAACGUAUACUGGAGCGGUGGAGAAUUCGAUCCCUGGCGCACGCUAUCACCCUUAGCCACGGAUAAAGCUGCCCCACAAAAUGUCCAUCUCACAACCGACAUCCCCAAGUGCAAUGAGAAGACGGCCGAGGACACGAUCUUCGGUUACAUCAUGCCUAAUGCGGAGCACUGUUUUGACUUCUUGAAUGACUUUGCGCCCGGGCAGAUCUCGCGUGAUCAUUUCAAGGGCGCGUUGAAAGAGUGGCUUCCCUGCUUCAAGGGGAACGUGGGCCGCGGCCAAUAA